GUGAAUACUUUCAUGUUAUGUCGCUAGAUCCUCUGUCUAUCUGACUUGACCUUGGAAUCUCUCUUGUCUCAGCCGCUUUCAAGUCUCUCUUUUUUUUUCUCCAACUCGUAAAUCCUUCAUCACGAAUCCGCUUUUGCGGUGCAUGGCAUUUGCACUCAAUUUUCGCAAACCUCCAACUUCGCUUUGCGCAUAGGAUGCUAUUCCCGCCUCGACGACUUCACUGCUCGAUGACCACACGUGAGAGAAAGUAAACACCAACUGGACACACACGAUUGCACACAACCCAAUAAAACCGAGACUACGAAUCACGCUGCACGCAUUUUAAAUACCCGUUACAUACGUUUAUUCGCAAGCACCUUUGUUCACCCCUUUGCUUGUAUAUAGCAUCGAUACCGAUCACGUUAUCCCCUUGACGGCGAAAGUCGCGAUACCAAGCAAAAUGGUGGACACAAGUUACCUCGCACAGCAGGUUAAUAAUAGUAUUGCCCAGCUGCACGGUCUCUUUGAUGAGAUCGGUGUCCCUGAUCAUGAGCGCGAAGCUCGAGAAUCUGAGUUGUUCUCAGCAUUGUCUGAAGCACUCAAUAGCCAAGUGCGACUAGUCAAUUCAGAAAAGAAGGAGAUGGUCGACGAGGCAAAGAAGAUCAUUACCAUGAUUCACCAAAUGGAGGCAUCGUUGGACGAUUCAAAACGUCGCCGCGACUACGAAGACGACGACGACUUGACCAUCACAUAUCCUCUAACACAAUGCCUCCAACAACUGAAGGAGAAGCAUAUACAAAUCAGUCGCCUCCAUAAGGAGCGCUUUGAGCAAGUCAAGAAACUCGUCGUGGCCCUUGAAUCCUAUUCCUCUCACCUGGAGCCCACAUUUGUCCAAAUUCCCUUACCGCCCACAGGGCCUAAUCAGUCCAUCCCUCCCAACUUUGACCUUUCUUCCACCUACGUUGACAAGCUUGACAAUGAGUUCACACGAGUUUAUGAGGAGUAUUCUCGUCGCAUCGCUACUGUUCAAGCCCUUGCCGACCAGACCAUUGGCCUGUGGGCUGAGCUUGGCAUUCCCCAAGCGCAACAAGAUGGCGCCAUCGUCAAGUACUAUCGCGAUGCUCCUGAGCAACUUGGUCUGCAUGAGGAAGACAUCAACCGACUCCGCUCUAAGCGCGACAGACUCUCAGAUGAGAAGAAGAACCGCGAGAAGAAGCUCAAGGAGCUCAGAUCUUCCGUCGAAGCUUUAUGGAUCAAGCUUGGUGUUGAUGAGAGCGAGACCAAGCCAUUCCUUAACGCGAACCGCGGCUGCGGUGUGCGACAGAUCAAUGAGUUUGAGGACGAGCUCGCGCGAUUGAAUGAGCUCAAGCGUCAAAACCUCCACCUUUUCGUCGAAGAUUCCCGCAUCAAGCUUCAAGAACUCUGGGAUGCGCUAUACUUUUGCGAGGAUGAGAUGCUUGAAUUCACCCCUGCCUUUUCCGAUGUCUACAGUGACGCUCUUCUGGAGGCCCAUGAGCGUGAAAUUGCCCGCCUGGAAGCUCUCAAGGAACAGCGGGCACCCACAUUGGCACUCAUCGAUAGACACAAGAGUUUGAUCCAGGAGCGCGAUGAUCUCGCUGCCUCCAGUCAGGACGCAUCGCGGCUCAUGGCACGUGGUCAGAAGGGUGAGAAGCGAGAUCCUGGCAAACUGCUCCGCGAGGAAAAGAUGCGAAAGCGUAUCGCCAAAGAACUCCCUAAGAUCACUGCCGAUCUACGCAAGAUACUUUCCAAAUGGGAAGACGAAUAUGGGCGACCUUUCCUCGUGUAUGGUGAGAGUUACUUGGAUGAGAUUGAGGCUUCUGAUGGACCAAAGAAGGGCGCACUGCCGCCCCGUUCUAAGACACCAGCUGGUCCACCUCCCUCAACCAUCAAACCACCCAAGUCUGUACCAAACCGAGCUGCCACCAAGUCUGCUCCUCCUCGAUCCAUGACCAAAACCCCUACAGCUGGCAUGCCUCCCAAGCGACCUGGACACCAAGCUACGGGCUCCAUUUCUAGUAUACCUGGAAGCCCUGCAAGGAGUCCAUCGCGAAUUCCUGCCCGAGUUCCGCUAUCAAACAUGAAGCACGGGAACAACUCUCCCGAACGGCCUCGUGCUGAGUCGCGAGCUGAUACCUUCCGACCUGGUCCCCCUUUGAUGCGGGCACCUCCUCCGAAGAUGCGUGACUUGAUGGCUCGGGGCGAUCUUGAAGCUCCUAUGAAUCCCUAUAAGUCCAUGGGCCUCAAUUCCAGCAUUGUUCGCCAUGUUGAGCCUGAGGAUGUAUAUGAUGAUCGCCCUCGAACAGCACGAUCCAACUCCAACAAUUCUCAGUAUAGCAGCCAUCCCAGCAACAAUUCCCAGUUCAGCAGUCACCCAAGCAACAACUCUCAAUACUAUAGCGAAGAGAGCUUCCAUGACCCAUAUUCCACCAUCCGCUCACAAGGCUAUCGUCCGAUGGCCCCGCCAAGACAGAUCUCUGGCAACUCAAUGGCAUCAACCAACAUCUCUGGAUCUGAAAACUGGGAGACAUACGACGAUAACAGCGAACCUGAGCUUGAUGUUUCAGAUGCCUACUACGCCAAGUUAAGGGCGACUCGCAAUAAGCGGUUCUCACCUGAGCCAGGCCGACCCACGAGUAGCCAGUCCAAGCGCAUACGCGGCAUACCCCCUACAGCAUCAUAUAAUGGGCCAGUGAUGAUUGACCAAGAUGGUAACCGCAUCAUUUCAGGCAGUGAAUGGACAGACGAGGAUGCCUACUGAGCACUCCCCUGAUUAAUCUUCACUCAACGUUUACCCAUGAAUGAUGUCAAACGACCGAACCAUUCUGAACGAUGAUGGAUUCACGCAAGCUUUUCAUGAUGAUGCAGGCAUCUCGCGACGAUCUUGAGUGAGCAAGCGAACAACAGAACGCCGCAGAACCACGGCCUGUCUAGUUGCAACGUUGAUGCACGACUGAAUGCCUCUACGAUAACGCCAGACAGGCGUCUUGUCACAGUUCCACCUCCUUUGGACAUCUUUUGCCAACGAGCUCUUCUUUUUUUUUUUUUCCAUUUUCACUUUUCUCCAUAGUCACUUCUGACUGGCUAAGUUACAUCUCGCCGGGCCCGACGCCAGGAUUUUUUGUAUUCUUCUUUUUUUCUCUUUCUUCUAGCUUGAGCGGGAUAUUGUACACAGGCUCCCCGCCUACAGAGUGAGGGCCUUCCAAGUGAGUACUUGCUGGCCCUAGGAUAAUGUGAGAUGUGCAUAAGGGGGUCGAGGGCGCUGGAAAACUGGAUUAGGUAGGGAUGGCAGGCGUCCAGGAUCAUUGGCGUUUAAUGUAUAUCCUGAGUAGGUCGAGCUGCUCGACUAUAGUCUCAACAAUGCUAUUUGUCUUGAUUUUGAA